AUACUCAUGUCAUAGGAACGCGACAAUAACGCGUUUGGUAUGUAUUCAGUUUUCUCUAUAUAUAUCUUCUCUCUUCUCAUCCUUUUACAUCAAUCCUCACUACUAAAAACCUACUUUCUCAACUCUUUUCUAUAUUCUUAAUUUCUUGGUUCUUAAUUAACUCUUUCAAAGAUGAUUUGUAUGGUAUCCCGAUCUGGAAGGGAGUUGCAGAGAUACAACAACAUGGGUGGCAGACAAGUUGUAGGAUGCAUACCUUAUAGAUAUAAACAAGACAUAGAUGGUAAUAAAAGCAACGAGUUGGAAGUACUAAUGGUUAGUUCACAGAAAACUCAAAGACUAAUGUUUCCAAAGGGAGGAUGGGAACUUGAUGAAUCUCUAGAACAAGCAGCUUGUAGGGAAUCUCUUGAAGAAGCAGGUGUCAUAGGAUUAGUUGAGUGUGAAUUGGGACAGUGGAAUUUCAUUAGCAAAAGACAUGGAACAUACUAUGAAGGGUAUAUGUUCCCUUUAUUUGUGAAGGAGCAACUUGAUUAUUGGCCUGAGAUAAAUCUUAGGACAAGAGUAUGGAUGACUGUUGGUCAAGCAAGAGAAGUUUGUCAACAUUGGUGGAUGAAGGAAGCCUUAGAUAUCUUGGUUCAAAGACUCAUUUCUCCACAGCAACAAUAAAAAAAGAUGUAAAUGAUGAUUAUAUUAGAGAGGAUUAUUUAAUGUGAGAAAAGAACUUGUAGAGAAAGAGUUGACAUUUUGUAUACAUCGAUCGUGUAUAGACAUUCGAAUUAAAUAUUUAUAUUUUUAUAACAUUUAAUUAUUUGUAUGUAAUUAACAAUAAUUAUUGAUCAAUUAAUACGAUGUUUAUGAAUA